ACGUCUUUGGUUCAUUUUUGAUUUUUUUGCAAAAGAUUUCGGUGACUCACGUAUUUUUCGAGAUCAAAAGAAAUUUCGGAUCGCGAACUUCACGCAGGCAGCUCUCGAUAUGUUUUUGAUGGUUAUACAACAACUUGCACGAAAAAAUAAAUAAAUAUUAUUAUUAUUUAAAAUUUAUCUGAAAAUCCCACACAUUUAAUGUUCGAACGGUUGUUUGGCGACGUCAUCGCAGCAGCAACAGUCUCGGGCGAAAAGUGCCAAGUAACGAGCCGUCGUUAGACAAAAAUCCACGAAAAAAAAGACAGAUUUUAAUUAUUUCACGACUUGUGUGAAAUUUUAAUUGUUUGUGCAUCAACGAGCUUCAAGGAUUCACCUUCGCUUCUCCCAAAAAAUAAAUUAAUAAAAAAAAAUUAAAUUAAAAAAAUUACGUAAUGGAUACCGUAUUGUCCGUUUUAGUGACAACAAUUAGUGCGAUGGACAUCAUCGAGGUGCUUGCCUACUUUGCGCAACACUUGCGCGGCGAUACUUUACAAAAACCCGAGGGUCCCGCGACGCUGGAGACGCUAAAGACAAAUAUCCGGGAUACGAUUGCCGUGACGCCCGUGCCUGAGAACUCGUUACUCACAUGCGCACAAGAUGGCACGCUGUACAAAGAUCAGUAUCGCGUCGACACAGACAUCGAUGCAGCGAAAUUGGAUGAGAUCGAUCGGCGCGUCGAUGAUUUGGCGAAACGAGUUAAAAAUAGGGAGAGUGAUGAUAGCGGUAGUAAUGAGAAAGACAACAACAAUAACGAAGCUAAGGGAAAUAUUGAGAAAAAUGAAAUAAUUGACGAACGAACGAGCGACCCAAAUAACAAUAAUUUGCUUACCUGCGACGAUUUCGAUAAAAAUAACAAUGUCAACGCCGUAGUUGACGAAAAUUCCGCAAAAAAUACCGAAAAGGAAUUCUUGGCAGGUUUGACAACACCGAAAAUUGACGUACAAGAAAGUAGUCAAGUGUUGAUUGAGACAGAGAAACAUGCGGCGAUACACGAUGCGACGACGUCAUUAGACAGCUGUUAUGAAUCAUUACAAUCGGCAGUUGUAGCUCCCGCCCAAACUGUAGCUCCUUCAGUAAUUGACAGUAGUCGUCUUCGUCCUCUCACACGCGAAGAUGAAUUCCGUCAAACCAUUAAAAAACGAUCUUCUGUUAGUUCAACUUCAUCUCACGAAUCCCGCAUUGAAGAACUUCAAGUCUUGUCUAACCUCGAAAACGAAGAACAACAAAAAAUCGAUGAAUAUAUGCCAAUUAUUUAUCCCGGGUCGCCUCUCAUUGAUGUUCUUGCGGAUUGCAUGGAGCCCGAUAAUGAUCCCGAACUCGAAACAAUCAUCGAAGUUCAUAGCAGUUCGCCAGAUGAGCCUCAAAAUGAUGAGGAAACACAAGCAGCUGCCGCUAAACGUUACAGCUUGGAUAAAUCCCCAGUGCCCAAUAUCGGUGUCGAGAUGAAUUUGCCAUGGGGCGAUUUGAAACAAGAUAAUAAAGCGCGGGAAAUGUUGACACUUGCGAAAUCGGCGUCAAUUGAGGAAGUCGAGCAAGAAGAUGCGGCGAAAGAAACGCAAAAAUGGGUUGAAAACUUGGAAACGGAGGUAAUUAAGGAAGAUGACGAGGAAAAAAGUGAAGUUGAGGAACCAGUAUUGACAGUUGUUCGCAAGAGAUCUCUCAAAACGGGGCUGGAAUUGGCAGAAGAGACGACUGUAACGCGGGAGAGCAAUGAAACGCCCGAGCCGGUGAUUAUUCAGAAGAAAAUUAACCUGAUUGGACUCAAACCGAAAAGUACUGAUGCCAAUAAUAAUGAGGAAUCAGUCACUAACAAAAAUAUCCCUGAAGAACGUGUAAAAGAUCCAAAACAUGACGAUCACACUUCAUCUGAACCUCCCACAGCACGGAGACGAGAUGCAAGACUCGAAGUUGAUGUAGACAAUCAAUACAUGGACGACCCAAAAAUCCAAGAAAUGGCGAAUUACGUGAAAAAAUUGACAAAUUCUGAAAUGACUUCCAUUAGUGAAGACGUAGAUGAAGAAUAUUAUUGGAAGCCAAACAAACCGAGACGUUCUUCUGAAGCUGUUGCCACAAAAACGCAAGAUUUCCUCCGAAAUGAAGCUGCAACGAUGGAAUAUCAGGAGCAUUGGAACGAAAAUCACUUGAAAAUGGAUGAAGAUGUCUUAAAUAAACGUGGAAGUAUUUCGCCUCAUUCACCUCGAAAAUCGCGAUCGCAUUCAAUUGCCUUUGAAAGUUCGAAAUUUGCUGGGCAUCGACGUGAUUCGCUCGCGGAAAUGUUAAUUAUACCAAAAACAGUGAAAGAAACUUGCGAAUCUUCGGAUCAUUUAUUGCAACAACUUGAAAAUGAAGCUCUCGAGUAUCAACUUUUAUGGGGAAUUGAUGUUCCAAAGUUGAAAGAACAACGUAGAAAUCGUUCUCAGAGUAUUUCAGUAGCGCAAUUGCAACGAAGACGUGAUACAGAAACAGGUGAAACGGAAAGAAGACGAGAUUCAAUAGCGGAAAUGUUAAUUGUACCUCGAAGUGCUCCUCGAAAUUCAAUCGACGAAGGAGUUUUGUUGCAAUUAGAGAACGAAGCACUCGCUUAUCAGUACGCAUGGAACCUAAAUCCGGAAGAAGUUGGUAAUCGACGUUCUAAAAAUCGAAGUAUGUCAAUUUCCAUGGGAAUUUUAUCACGUAAAAAAUCUCGCGCAGGUCGAGGAAGCAUAUCACGACGUCGUCAAUCUCUCGCAGAAACCUUUGUUGUCCCGAAAGAUCAUGCUGGAAUGGUAGUUGAUGAUCCUCAUCUCUUAUCGAUGCUUGAAAAUGAAGCUUAUGCCUAUCAACAAGCGUUUAAAAUACAAGAUUCAGACCUAAUCGAACAAUUUGACGAAGAGGAAGAAGAUGAAGCCGAGAAAAAUCCCGAUUACAAAGAAUGGUUUCAACGAUUUGACGAUCAGACAACUUCUCACAUUGAAACUUCCGACUUUACAGACGAUGAAGAUGCUGAAGUUGCUAAUCUUCUUGACAAAAAUGGAGAUCCUCAAAUACAAAAUCACAUUUUCUAUUCUUUUCCUAAAGGAAAAACGCCUCCAAGUAAAUCCGCGACGCCAGAUACCGUGAAAAGAGCUCCAAGUCGUCCAACCACGCCUGCUGACUAUGAAAAUUACAUGCACAAGUUUCCGGAUCAGUUGUCGCCUGAAAUUGAAAUGAACGAUGGAAGGAAGUCACCUGCUUCGUUAGAGACUUAUAUCGCUCAGAACAGAUUAUCGCCAAUACCGUCGCCUCGAGCGAUUACGCCAGAACCGACACUUGCUCCUCCUUCGAUGGAAACGUAUUUGGAACGAAUGAAAAGCGCAUCGCCGCAACCUGAAACGAUUCCCAGCAUUGAAAUUGAAGCAGCGACACCUGUGAUACAUCCAACGACGACCACGACGACAAUUCGUGAAGAAACUGCUCCGCGUUCCUUGACACCAUUAAGAACGAUGGAACAUCCUCCUUCGCUCGAAACGUAUCUGGCAAAAAUGCGAAGUCAAUCUGAAGAAACGGAAUAUUAGUUAAUUUAUUUUUUGACAUUUCCCAUAUUGAAACAAAAAAGACAAAAAUACUUCCCGUUCCGUCCCGCAAAGAAAAAAAAAACUUAAAAGACGAAAAAUAAAAAAAAAAUAUUUUAAAUUUUGAUUGAUGUUUAGAGUGUUUGCUUAAUAAACUCUGCUUAGAUUUAAAUGGAGCAAUGCAUCGUUAACCAUCUUUUUUUUGCUUUAUUUUGCUAAUUUCUGCACUUGCCAGCGAUUCAUCGAAUUUUUUCAAUAUUUAAUGCAAUUU